AGUUCAAACUUAAGUGGAUACAGUUUUCAAGUCCAGGGUAAAGAACGCUCACCAUUCACCAGCUGAAAUGGUACUUUAAAACUUGAAAAUAACUUUUUUUCUCCUGUUCCUUUAGUUACUUUGACAAUUGACUAACCAGUUUCAUCAAAGGAGCCAUUUGUUUGCUUUAAUAGCCGAACAGUUGGCAUUGAAUAUUGAAGUCACUGUUGCUAGAGGAUUAAGAGUCUUGCCCUAAAUAUAAACACAUGCAAAGUGGGUUUUAUACCAGGAUAUCUUCACUGGGUGUUCUAGGCAUACGACAACAAUGCUAAACCCUUUCACAUUUAUUUUAUCAUAUGGUUGGAAUGGUUACACAGAUAAAUUGUACUUGUGGAGGUUAACUGCUCCGUUCAAUGCAGCAAAUGUAAAACGUGAAUUAAUUGAAUCGUUACUCCUGACUGUACUCAAGCUCGAGCAUUUGCUUUUGGUAGGAUUCUUUCACAGGCCAUUCAGCCUUGUGAAUGUCUGAUAUAAUAGUUGGCCUCCAAUAUCCCUCCGGUAUCUUAAAGUGUCAUUGUCAGGGGAGUUUGCUGAGCGCAGACUUGGUUACAUAGUUUCUAUUAAAACCCAAAUGUGAUACAUCUUUCAACACCAGAGUGAGAAGUUAACAUCAAAUCUUGUCAUAGGCCUGGUAUAACUGUCACUUCAUUGCCUUAUUUCUCAGCUACAGAGAGAGAACACUACUUCAGCCAUGUUUACGAGGUGACAGAUGCUCUGUAAUAUUUCAUCAUUACAGAAAAGCCUUUACACAACAGAUACGGCUCUGUAAAGUCAACAAAAUUAUUAAGAUGUUUUUUUCUCAUCCUAACCAUCUCCACGCGUCAAACUGUAGCUGAAUUUGGCCUCUCUUAUCUUCUCGAGCAGACCUUUUGGCCUUUUGCCAGCAGCGACUACAAGGUCCUAUUAUCCUAUCCUAGCACCAAGGUUAUGAUCCAAACACACAGAGCUGUAUUGGUUUUGUGUUUUAAGUUGGACUCAUGCUGCAGUGUGCAUGGAUGCAACAAUCCCUUUUUUAAAACAAGUCACAUGCUCUGAUAUUUGGAAGAACUGCACUGGUAAUCUAAACAAAAUGUGAAUCCAGAUAACUGCAACAACAAAGUUUAAAUUAGGGAUCUACUUCCUGUUUUUUUUUUUCACAUCCUGACUUUCAGAAUUAUAGCAUUUUGAUUUAACACAACUGUGGUAGUAGUUCUAACUAUUAAAUUAGUUUUGCAGUCAUUUAUUUAGCCAGCAACGGCGUCCAGUGCUGCCGUCUGUCACAAAGGUUUUCUCCAGCACAGCAACAUUCACAUACUGAGCUGCUGAGGCAGCACGCUGUCGGCUUUGUAGGUUUGUCUGAUGCCAGGUGGAGAGACAGAAAGCAGGAAUAGAAAGUGAGCUUUGGCAGCCUUAAAUGUUAGUAACAUAUAGGUAAAACAAGAUCAACUAUUUAAAAUAUCUGCAGCGUUUUUUGGGAAAUGGGGUUGGCUCUUCCACGGGUUUGAAAAUAAAGGGAAAUAUACAGUGUGAGUGUUGCCAUUUAUAGAGAUUUUAAAUGCAUAGGGAAUGCAAAAAUAGUUUUUGGGCCGAUAUUCAAGAAAAGCAAAUUACAUUUCUGGGAAUACUUUGUUUUUUAAAUUGCAUGUACUUCACAUUAAGAGGCAUCAGGCCGAAAUGACAACAACAACAAAGUACUUGGUUGAAAGAAAAAAAAACACUCCUGCUGACUGAAUCUAGAUUUUAAACAUGUGGGGGGGCUUUUAAACAGGAGUAUUUCUUUAAUAUUCAAAGUAUUAUCAGAAAGUUGUUGUUGUUAGAUUUGUAAGAAGACAUCUGAGGAGACUCGAUCCAUUCAGAACCAGAUUUAAAAACAGGCCACUUUUGUCCAGCCAGGCUGUUGUGGCGGAGGAGAUAAGAGCCUGUGUGAAGGCCUUUGAACCACAGAGCUUCAAUGACAACUUCGGCUGACCUUUUGUUUUCCUUUCUGCAUUGAAAGCAACCGGUCCCCUUUCCCCCCCCCAUAGCAACCAAUCAGUCCACUCCCAAUUUAUUGGGAUUUCUUUGAGCUUGUGCGUGUGAUGUUCCGCCCUAAACACUCUGGUCUGAUGUUACAGGUUUUUGUUUCUCUGCACACUCCCACUCCCUGUCCAUUUGCAUGGCAACCCUUUACCAGGCCAGCUGCUGCUGCCCUUUUCUUUCUUCAUGUUGAAUCCUAAUCAUUACUUUCAAAGGAGAGCGUCUCCAAAGCUCCUUUAUCAAGUGUUUGUACUGGGAGGAGGCAAGCCGCUGUCCAGCACCCACUCAGGCUGCUCCUCUUCUUAACUCUCUGUUCUGCAAGCCGUGCGCAUUUCCUAUUAGUAACCUGCUUCUUCAAGUUUGGAGAAGAUAACAUAUGGAAGAAGAAGGUAAGGAACACCAGUAUAGUGGGGAUUUGUUCAUAUAUUAUUUUCAUUUAUGAAGAAAACAUUAUUAAAACAGUUUUUAAGGGGUUAACUUUUGACAUUUGAAGGGUUAAAGUCUAAAUUGAGACAGCCGCAAUUUAAAUUUAAUUAGGUUUGCACUCUUAGAAAAUGAUUAGCACCCAUGGAAAAUGAUGCGUAACUUGCAAAGCACAUUAAGAUCAACUAGCUCACAGUCAAAUGCUGUUAUCUUUGAGUGUUUAUAUUUACUCUGGGAUUUAUUUUCUCAAGCUAAUUUAUGACUGAACACAAAGAUGCUGUUGGCUCACUUUUUUUUUUAAUUUUCAGGAUGUUUUUUUUUUAUCUACCCACUGUUUUACCCAUGACAAUUUAAGCUUUUCAGCUGAGCUUUAGGAGUUAAAAAUUUAGCAUAAAGCCUGUGGUGCAUCAUGUUUGUUAUGUACGUCACACCAGGAUGACAUGUUUUAUGAAAAUAAAAGGAUAAAUCAGCACUUUUCUAUAAAAAAAAACGACAAUUUUGUGGGUUUCAGUGAUUCAGUUAUGAUCACUGACUAGAGGUCUUAGUUUCUGAACCUUUUUCACUGCUCUGUUUUAUCACAGUAAAAAACAAAAGCAGAUUACAUUGAAUUGCAUCCACUUUUUAAACCUUUGUAGAUAAAAAUUUAUGACUUAAUUAUUCUAAUCUAUUGAUUUCUCUCCCCCCAAAUAGUUAAAUAUUGUGUGAAAUUGGCAUAAUUCUCUGAGCUUUUCCGAUUUCUUUGUCCAGUAAACUAACAGAGGAGGGGGGUCACAGCUGCCUUUGACAGAGUGUUUCAUAUUCACAACCAGCUGAACACACAAUUUGAGAUUUUAACAAACCGCUGCUUUUACAACAUGACAAGGUUUUUGCCUUGAACAGAUACUCUAUGUCACUGUGUUAAAUAACGACUGUUUAAGGAUUAAGCUUUUUCCCAGACUAUUUAACACUGAGCGAAGGCCAUUACUAAGGCAAAAGAGACAAAAGUCAGAGAUAAAAAUGCUCCUCCAGAUAGUGAGAAUAUUUUAUUUUUAAAGCAGAAUAACAUUUGUUUCUAUGUGAGGACUAUGUUUAACUUCAGAGUUAAGAAAAUUUGUUCACACUUUUUUGUAUGUUUCUAUUCUGCUUGGGUCAUUUGAGGAUCUGAAAGUUCAUGCUUUAUACCUUCUGCUCUUUCAUGGGCUGUGUAUGAAGCAAAAAAGGAGCAAAACUACGAAAACAAUGUGCAUACCAUUCAGCUGUAACAUCCUGAAUUCAAAUAUAUUUCAGGAUCGUUAUCGUAAGCCAUCCUCUUUCUUAAAUGAUCUGUGAUCUCAUUUCAGCUCUGCACUGAUGCCAUGAGGUUGAUUCUGGUCAAACCCACCAACGCAACGCGACGUCUUGACUCAACAGGUGAGGUCUUCCAUGAUGGGGACCAUGAGCAUUGUACCUCAGGAGGUCCAUCCUCAAAAACUCCAGAGGGCAUGCGGGAUCGAUACUCGGGUGCCUCCGUGGAAGCGUCUUCUUCCCCGCAGGAGAUGAGUCUCUGCUGUGUUUCAUCUUCGCCCCAUGAAAGAUCUAAUGGAAUCAGCCCACCGAGAGAUUCAGCCCAGAUGUCGCCACUGAAAACCCAAAACCUAAACUUAUCACAUUUGAGUGACCAGGACUGGCUGUUGCUUUGUGGCCAGGUUAGCAGCGUGGGAGAUGAAUCACCCUCAGCGGAAAGAGCAGGAACCAGCGUGGGACAUCCAAACCCCAGUGACAGAUGUGGUUGUUCCUGUCCUGAUGCACACCAACAUCCAGAGGCUUCUACUUUUCAUCAGGGCCCAGUCCAGCAAGGCUGCCUCUCCAGGGUUUCAAACAGGAGAAGCCUUUCAUCUUCACCACACACCCAGCCUUUCUCCCAGUGCACCCAAGCUCCAACCCCUUGCCAGGUUUUACCACAGCAAACAAACCAAAGGAAUCUUUUGAAACCUGCAACAAACCAUCCACAGGAUAAUUUCACGCUCCAGCGCGGUGACCAAGACGGUCGAAAGGAGUUACUGCAGCAGCAGCAGCCCUGCAAUCAUUUUAAACUUAAAGACAGCAGCAACGCAACUUUAUUCAACAUUCCCCUGACCUCCAUCGAGUGUGCUGAGACAAAUCAGAAGCUCCACCAACACCCUCAGCCUGCCGUCACCGCAAACCUCAACUGGAGAGAGCUCUUUGGCAACGAACCACUGUUAGUUCAGCAACGUCAAAGGAAAGACUCUCAGUGCUCGAUGAGUGGUGAUCAGAGCUGCAAGUCAUCUGGAGAUCCCUCCAUUGUCCUCAAGUGCCGUCAUCUCCCGUACAAGCCUUUGACCAGCACUCCGCGGGUGCAGAGAUCGUCUACGCCAGCCAGUAACAAAAGUGUCCAGUCCUUCUCCACCAGCCAGUAUAGCUCACUUGAGAACCAGGAUCUAGUGGAGGAGAGAGCUAGACAGCGGCAAAGUCAGACCAACUCUCAACACCUCAGUAGAUCAAGACUCUCCCUCCUUAAACACACUCCUCCACCAUCCUCCACCUUCCAGUCUGGUGGCACAGUCAAUGGGGAUGCAGUGCGACCGCUGAGCAGCCAGGGCACUCUUAGAUCCAGUCUUGCAGAUCUCCCCUCAGGCCAACAGCCUCUUCAGCUUCUCCACAGUGCCAUCCUGGAGGAUGCCUUCUCUAAAGUCAUCAGAGAAGAUUCCAGUAAAGCCAACAGCGAGAACCUGACCAGAGAGGAAGGCAGCGUACCACAGAAGAAGACCAAGGACAUUAGCUACCGGCUGGGUCAGAGAAAAGUGCUCUUUGGGAAGCGUAAACAGUUGAGCGACUAUGCGUUGGUCUGUGGGAUGUUUGGCAUCAUCGUCAUGGUGAUUGAGACGGAGCUGUCGAGGGGGUUUUAUGGCAAGGAAUCUAUAUAUUCAUAUGUACUGAAAGGCCUGAUCAGCCUCUCGACUGCUAUUCUUCUUGGACUCAUUGUGAUGUACCAUGCAAGGGAGAUCCAGCUCUUCAUGGUGGACAACGGAGCGGACGACUGGAGGAUAGCUAUGACCUUUGAGCGGAUUUUCUUCGUUGCGUUCGAGCUGCUCAUCUGUGCCAUCCACCCAAUCCCUGGCCAGUAUGUGUUCACCUGGACGGCUCGACUGGCCUUCAGCUACACAGCAUCAGUGGCGGAUGCUGAUGUUGACAUCAUCCUCUCUGUGCCCAUGUUCCUGCGCCUCUACCUGAUUGGUCGGGUCAUGCUGCUCCACAGUAAGCUGUUCACGGACGCCUCCUCCCGCAGCAUCGGGGCGCUCAACAAGAUCAGCUUUGACACUCGUUUUGUCAUGAAGACUCUGAUGACCAUCUGCCCCGGCACGGUCCUGCUGGUCUUCAGCGUGUCCUGCUGGAUCAUCGCAGCGUGGACUGUGCGCGUAUGUGAGAGGUAUCACGAUGCACAGGAGGUGACCAGUACCUUCCUUGGAGCAAUGUGGCUGAUCUCCAUCACCUUCCUGUCCAUCGGCUACGGCGACAUGGUCCCUCACACCUACUGUGGGAAGGGGGUUUGCCUGCUGACAGGAAUCAUGGUAAAAAACACAGCAGCGAAUGUGUUGAGGGAGACGUGGCUCAUCUACAAAAACACCAAGCUGGUCAAAAAGAUCGACCGUGCCAGAGUGCGCCACCAUCAGCGCAAAUUCCUGCAAGCCAUCCACCAACUGCGAACAGUCAAAAUGGAGCAAAGGAAACUCACCGAUCAGGCCAACACAGUCGCUGACCUUGCCAAGACUCAGAACAUGAUGUAUGAUCUGGUGUUGGAGCUGCAGCAUCGCAGCGAGGAGCUGGACAGGAGGAUCGCAGCUCUGGAAGAGAAACUGGACUCCAUCCUUCUCAGCGUGCAGUCGCUGCCCGUUGUGCUUUCUCAAGCAAUAACAAAGCUGCAAAAGGAUUUCCUGGACGACUUGGCCUGUCGUGUCCACUUCCUGUCAUCCUCCCUGAGCUCUGAGUGCUGUUCGGUCCCUGCCAGGCAGCUCUGUCAAGGACCCGCCACACCAGAGACACCGUACAGCUCAUAGGCCUCACUCAGUGGUUUUCCUUUUAGUCUGUGACCUUUUUUUUUCACACUGGGAAGGAUUUUCUCAACAUGCACACUUUUUUAAAAAGUUUUGCUCUGCUACACAUUCAUACAGUUACACACAUUCACCCCUGGGAGUUACAGCUUCCGCUCCAGGGAGAAGGGAAGUCCCUCAGUCUUGGAGGGGAAGGGAAAAGCAUUACUCCUUCAUUUCCUCUUCUCAAAGUUUCACACAUAACCCAGCAGCUGGGUUUUCAGAUACAAACACCCAAACAUCAGUCCAUAGAGCCUAUUUUUAUCUCACUCCAGAGAUCCAUAUUACUGUCAUGGUGAAUAAAAUCCAUGAUUAGUACAGUGUAUCUUCUACAGCCUAACAGAGUUCACUCCUAAGCAAUUAAAUGAAUAAGGGAUUCCUAAUUUUUUUGAGCUCAAAGACCUCAUCUUGUUAAGCCUGUCUUGUUUUUGCUCACCAGUCCACUAUGUUGCUGUAUUUAUUUCUGAAAAAUCUAACAUUAUGGAACUGGAAAAAGUUCUUUGUUUACUAAUUAUUAAUGAUCAUCUCAGGGGUGGGCUCGUCGUUGCUGCCUAACUGGCAGUGAAGAUGAUGAAGGCUGUGCUCCCAUACAUCCAAGAGUUGUUGUUUUUCCUCUUCCAUCAGGUCCCCCAUUAGAGAAGGGUGGUUAGGCAUAGACAGGGAAGACUUUCUGAUGUUUACCAAUUGCUUCAAAGCAAUAACGGUCUGGUGCCAGCUGAGAUUUCAGAGCUGUUAAAGGCUUGUGAGAAGUGUGGUCUCAGAUGGUCAGACCAAACUGUUAUGAUUGUGCUAAAUGCCAGACUAAAGCCUAAAGGGGAAGAAACGUUGCACUGAGGGAGCCUAGACUUUAGAACAUCGCAUUUAUUUAACGUGGCGAUUGUUUCAGAGCCACCUGAAUGCUCUUGUUCAUUUUCUUCACUCACAUCCUUGUUUUUCUUAUUGUUUGUAUGGUGAUUUGCUGCUUCUUGCAACGUUUUCCUGUGUAGCAGUAUCCUAUUAAAGGCCCAGUGUGUAAGAUUUAGUGGCAUCAUAGCAGUGAAGUUGCAUAACUGAAACGUCUCCUGUGUGCCAACUGUGUUUGAGAACUAUGCUGGCUGACACACAAACACAAAUGGCUCUAUCUAGAGCCAACGUUUGAUUUGUCCGUUCUGGGCUACUGUUGAAACAUGACAUACUCCGUGGAAGAGGACCUGCUCCAUAUGUAGAUAUGAAUUGUUCAUUCAAAGGCAACAGAAGCAAUGAUUCUUAGUUUACAGAGAUUUUAAACUGACUUAAAUAUAUUUGUGAAUAUCAUAUACCAUUUUUGCCAGUAGAUGCCUCUAAAUCCACACUGGACCUUUAAGUUGUACACAUAAAAAUCUUAAGAAAUGUGCCAUAGAAAUAAAGUUUAGUUAUAUUUAAUGAAUUGUGAAUAUUAUUUACUUCCUUUGUUUCACUGGCCUUACACAACAUUAAUACGGUGUAUUGUUUGCUAUAUUUAAAAAGUUUUAACUUUUGUAGUUUUUUUUAAAGACAGUCACUAAUAAAG